GUGGCCCCCCAAGUGAGUGGGCGCCACCCUCUCUGCGUGGGAGCGAGCGAGCCGGGGGGGAGGAUGUUGCAGUGUCUCUCCGAGGGGCUGCUGGUGCUGGGGGCUGCUCUGCUCUGGCAGCCCUGCCAGGGCACCUGGAGCUGCGGGGAGCUGACCUGCGGCGAGCGGGAGAGCUGCUGUGACUACGGCAAUGUCACCUACACGGAGAUCAAGUGCUGCAAGCUGCCCUUUCACACCUUCCUGGACAACGUGGGCUGGUUCGUGCGCAAGCUCUCGGGGCUGCUCAUCCUGCUGGUGCUCUUCGCCAUCGGCUACUUUCUGCAGCGCAUCAUCUGCCCCAGCCCCCGCCGGUACAACCGGCCGCAGCGCCAGGACUCACCCGGCUCCCCGCUCAACGUGACGGCUGCCACCUCGCAGGACUCGCUGCUGGACACCAGCAGCGCCAGCAGCAGCCGCUACCCGGGCGAGCGGGAGCCGCCGCUGCUGCCGGUGGGCUCCCCGGUCUUCCUGCAGCUGCCCAGCUACGAGGAGGUGAAGUAUUUACCCACCUACGAGGAGUCCAUGCGGCUGCAGCAGCAGAGCCCCAAAGAGAUCGUCCUGCCCGUGUCCAGCCUGGCCACGGCCGCAAGCAGAGAGCCAGACAGGGCGGGAGACAGAGCCCCCUGCAGCUGAGCCCCCCACCCCGAGAGCUGCGGGUCCCCGCGGGGGAACAGAGGGAGCCCAAGGUGCCCAGAGGGGAGAGACUAGCCCAGUGCUGCGCCGAUACACAGACACCCCCUGCAGCAUCGCAACAAGGACUUCAGGUCCCUUCUGCGAGCAGCCGCUUUGUACCUUUCCUUUCC